UAACUUGUAACCCCAGUCCGCCACCAUAUCUCUUUCAAUCCCGACGAGGCGCGCCACCCUCUCGUUUCAUAGAAAAUCCAGAAUUUUCUCCUCCCAAAGAUGGACACGCUUCAGUCCAAUUACAUGGAUUCCCAAUCGGAGCCGGGAGCUGCUUCAGAAACUCAACCUCAACAUUCGUCGCGAGGAGGCCUGGGUUCGUACGAUCAGUCCUCGUUUCAGAAUUAUUCCGAUUCAUACUACCAAAAUUACUCAGAUUCGUACCCUCAAAACCCUUCUCAAACCCUAGAUCAGUCCCAAUCGCACUCCGUUGUUGCGUAUCCUCAGGACCAAAAUCAGCCUGGAAAAACCCUAGAUUCGGAUCGCCACAACACUCACGGUAGCUCCGAGCAGCAGAUGGAUAAUAAUUCGGCCCAGAACCACGAGCAAAAGCCGCCUCAGGAUGGCUCUCAGAAGGUCGAGCUCCGCAAACCCUUGCUGUCGGAGAACGGGCUGACGAAUACUCACAGUGGUACGGAUAAGGACCAGUCUGGCGGCGAAGAGGAAACUACCAGCAGGAGGCGUCGCAGGAGUCGGUGGGACCCUCCUCCUAGCGAGUCGAGCAACGAUGGCGCCGGUACUGGCGGUGAUGGGAGCGGGACAGGGACUGGAACCGGAAGGAAAAGGAAGUCACGGUGGGCGGAUGAUGAGCCUAAACCUAUGAUUCAGCUACCGGAUUUUAUGAAGGAUUUCACGGGAGGUAUUGAAUUUGACCCUGAGAUUCAGGCUUUAAACAGUAGGUUACUUGAGAUUAGUCGAAAAUUGCAAUCUGGUUUGCCUUUAGAUGAUAGGCCUGAAGGUGCUCGGUCACCCUCUCCUGAACCUAUCUAUGAUAACAUGGGGAUCAGAAUAAACACUAGGGAGUACCGAGCCCGAGAAAAAUUGAAUAGAGAAAGACAAGAGAUUAUUUCACAAAUAAUAAAGAAAAAUCCAGCAUUUAAGCCUCCAGCUGAUUAUAGACCUCCAAAACUCCAAAAGAAGCUAUACAUUCCUGUUAAGGAGUACCCAGGUUAUAACUUCAUUGGACUUAUCAUUGGACCAAGAGGGAAUACUCAGAAAAGGAUGGAAAAGGAGACGGGAGCGAAAAUUGUAAUUCGAGGAAAAGGUUCAAUGAAAGAAGGCAGGUUGCAGCAGAAAAGAGAUAUGAAACCUGAUCCUUCUGAGAAUGAGGAUUUACACGUGUUGGUCGAAGCUGAGACCCCAGAGUCACUUGAAGCUGCUGCAGCAAUGGUUGAAAAGCUCUUGCAGCCAGUUGAUGAAGUCCUUAAUGAGCAUAAGAGGCAACAGCUUAGGGAACUUGCUGCAUUAAAUGGAACUAUUAGGGAUGAGGAAUAUUGUAGAUUAUGUGGUGAACCUGGCCAUAGACAAUAUGCAUGUCCUUCCCGUACUUCCACCUUUAAGAGUGAUGUUCUGUGUAAAAUUUGUGGUGAUGGUGGGCAUCCCACUAUUGAUUGCCCUGUAAAAAGUACAACAGGCAAGAAAAUGGAUGAUGAGUACCAAAACUUCUUGGCAGAGUUGGGGGGAACCAUUCCGGAAUCUUCAACCAAGCAGAGCUCUGCAACACUAGCUCUUGGUGCUGGUACUUCAAGUGGGAAUCCUCCUUGGGCCACUGGUAGCAGCACUGGUGGGGUUGGUGGCUCUUCUCAUCCUGGUUUAGGGUCAACUGUGAUCAAGCCUAAGGAGUAUGAUGAGACGAACUUGUAUAUUGGGUAUUUGCCGCCUACACUUGAUGAUGAUGGCUUGAUCAAUUUGUUCUCUCCUUUUGGCACCAUUGUGAUGGCCAAGGUUAUAAAAGAUCGUGUCACUGGUCAGUCUAAAGGUUAUGGUUUUGUCAAGUAUGAUGAUGUUCAGCAGGCCAAUAGUGCAAUUGCUAGCAUGAAUGGCCAUCAUCUGGAUGGUAGAACUAUUGCUGUGAGAGUUGCUGGUAAGCCCCCUCAGCCUACUGUCCCUCCAGGCCCUCCAGCUCCUGCUAUUCCUACAUAUCCUCCUCCUAAUCAAGCUGUGGGUGCCUACCCUUCUCAGCAGUAUACUGCAGGUGGACCAAUGGGGAAUGCACCACCUCCCAGUUACACUGGUGCUCCAGUUCCAUGGGGACCUCCCCCUCCUUAUCCCCCCUACCCACUUCCACCUCCACCUCCUGGUUCAGCUGUGUAUUCUCCAGUUCCUGGUCAACCUGUUCCUCCUUAUGGAAUGCAAUACCCUCCACCAUUACCUACUGCAACCACUGGUGCCUCUACUCAAACAGCUCCCUCUAAUGAAACACAACAAAGUUACAGCACUUCUGGUAGUCAGCAGCAAAGUUACCCCCCUGGAGUUCAAUCUCAGAGUAGUGCACCUGUUCAGUCUGUGCCCACAUAUGCCUAUGGAAAUUCUGUCACUCCAAUGCCAUCAAAUGCCCAAGCUGCAUAUCCAACAUCUUCAUACAGCUACCCCGGUUAUUAUGGUGUUGCACCUCCUCCUCCUCCUCCUGGGCCUGUGCCACAGUCAACUGGCGAUUAUUCACAGAGUGUGGGCAAUGUUCCGUGGGCUCCAAAUCCUCCUGCCCCUGCUCCUGUGCAAUCUGCAGACAAGUCAUCCUAUGGUGCAGAUGCAGAAUAUGAAAAAUUCAUGACAGAGAUGAAAUGAUAAGGAAAUAUAUUGCUAUCUUUGCAAGGAUGAUUUCUUGGAGCACUUCUUCCGAUUUCUUACCUCUUGCCAUGACUUUACUUGUUGGAAGUUUCGGACUCACAUCUUUAACCUUGCUGUACUGUUAUGACAUUUGCAGAGAGAUGGGCUGAAGUUCUGUCUUUACAAAUUCACAUUGACAAUUCCAUUUGCGGGAUUGGUUUAUAAUAUUGGUUGCAACUUUUGUAGGAUUUAUUGUUUUGAUGGUUAUUUUUGCCUCACGUCAUCUUAUUAUUGAAUUUCAAUUAAUCUGUUUGGAUGUUUUUGGGUUACUAAAUUGCUGACAAUUUGUUUGUAUUUCCUCAACUCUGACAUCUUCCUGUUUUUGCUUGGGUUUACUAUUCCAACUUACCUGUCUCUCAGUUUGUUGCACUAUUGAGGUGUGACAAUUCAGGAAGAAGCGUGGUUCUUGCAUCGAUCUACAUUUCUUUCCUAGAAGAUGAUAGAAUCUUGAAAUAUGAAGUUGCUGGGGGUUAUAUAAUUUUGAUAAGUAUUACUAGAUCCAUGUCUUUCACUAUUCUAGUUUUCUUAUAAUCUCAUUCUGAUUUCUUCCAUACAGCUAGUAGCAGGUGGUAAAGGAUGCAUAUAGUGCCCUGAAUGCUGUGUUGAAUUGAUUCCUGUUUCAGUAAAAAUAUUUCUUUCAUAUUUUAAAAAAACUUUAUGCCAGUAAUGACAAGUGCAGGAGAAAAUGAUCUUACCUCCUCAUGGAGAAUAGCAUCAUGUCAUCUUGAUUUGGGUUUGAGCUACUCAAGUUGUACGUAAGUGUUUUUGUGCAUCUGUGUAUGUGUUUUCCAUUUUGGGUGGCAGGUUUUUUAGUUCAGUUCUGCUGUUUAAGCACAGCUGAGGGAGUGGAGUGUAAUUCCUGGAGUACUGGACUGAGCUCUACUCAUAUUAUGGUUUAUGUUAUAGAUCUUGGCCUUUCCGAAUGGAUCCCAUUGGGGUGGGUGGGGUUAGGCAAUUUAAUGAUGUCUUUGGGUGUUAUAGAUAUUGGCCUUGAAUGGAUGCCAUUGGGAUGGGGGUUAGGCAAUUCAAUGAUGUCUUUGGGUAUUAUGCAGCUUUUCAGCUUUAACCAGUACUUGGUUAUCGAUUGACCAUUUUUGUGCUGGGCUCUUUCAGUCAUUAUUAUAGUUGACCCCAUUUGUUGGAUUUAUCCUUGAGCUGUUUUCUUUAUUUUCUUUGGGGGGAUGUGUGCUGAUAUUGUAUUAUGGACUUAACGGACUUUAUGGGGGAAAUGUCUUCUCAUCUGAAGUUCAGAGUUCAGACCAACUAAUUCAGUGGGCAAUUGGACAGAUUCAGUAAUUUUGCAAUGGUGCUUUGAUGCAUUGUUGUUUCAAAAAUUUUUUUAGUGCCCCCGAAGAUGAAGUUCAUAAUGACCGACCUAAAACACAAUCCUGCUAUGCAAGGUAUGCUCUGCAGGUGCCUCAAUGGUGGAGCUUAACAACAGGAAUAAUUUGCCUUCGUGCUGGAAAUUUAAUGUUUUCCUUUCUUUUGCAGUCAUUAUUCUGCAUAUCUUCAUUCUGUGCUUCUAACCUAGAUGAAUUGCUAAAUGGGUGAUCAUUUUGAAAUUUAAAAAAAAAAAAUUACUUCCAGUUCCA